AGGAACUUGCUUGGACAAUUCAAUAACGGAAUCCUCCAAUAGAUUUUAACCUUUGCUGGAUCCAGGACCACAGGGAUUAGAAGGGACUCAGGCAUUAUGCAGACUAAACCCCACAAACUGACAACGACAGUUAUAGUCAAUGUGCAUAUAAGGCUCAGAUGAAUUUCCUGUUUGUCAAAACACGAACUUAUCCAGACAUGUAAGCCUACUCAGACCUGUAAAAGCUGACAUGAGUUUUUACUUCUUUUUAACUCAAUGUUGAAGAGGCAACAACAAAGCUGCUGGGCUGCCCUUGAGUCCCUGGAGCAAAUGAAACAGAGUCGGGAGGAUCCCAAUCUAGGGUGAGGUUUGUCUCAGAAGCGGUGUUGGGAAAGCCCCAAACUGUGGUGGUGAGGAGUUCCUGGAAUGGGAGGUGCUGUGGGACUAUUGUGUAUGGGGUGGGACAGGGAGAUAUUCCAGACAGGGGAGCCUUGAUGCCAGUGCACUGGUUCUCUCCAUGUCUGAGUGCAAAUGAGGGUGUCAUUGCUACAAGGAGGCACUGAAAGCUGCUCCCCCCGCCUUGUAGUUCUGGGCUGGGUAAGGGUAGGGCAUUGGCUUGGCAUAUUUAUGCCUGCUGGGUAACUGGUGUGCAGGAUUACUUUGACCAAACAGGCUUUUCAACUAUUUGCUUAAAAUGUUAUCAGGCUUAACUAUCUUGAUAGCAAACUAUCACUAAUUGAAGAUGCUGCAAUGAAAUCUUGUCGCUUGCAUCUUUGGCUGGGGAGUAUAUAACAUGCUGUUGAUGGAGAAACAGCCGCAUUUGGCAGCCAUCUCAAAAAGAAGCAACAAACCACAGGAGAAAUCACAGUUAACUGACAGCUGUACAAGGAGGAUACAAAGACAGAAAGAAGAAGCAAAGAAAUGGCAGGGAUCUGGGAACUUUUUAUUGUUCUGUCCGUGAGUCUUCUGAUUCUGCACUUCCUGAAACAUGUCUGGUCACGAAGACACUACCCUCCUGGUCCUCUUUCACUUCCUAUCAUUGGUGGUCUCUGGCGGAUCGGGAUCAUGGCUACUCAAGAAACGCUCAUUCAGAUAGCAAAGCAAUAUGGAAAUGUGUACUGUAUAUGGGGAGCAUAUGUACCAGCAGUAGUACUAUCUGGAUACCAAGCAGUGAAAGAAGGCCUUACAAACCAUUUCGAUGACCUGUUCGACCGACCAGUAACCCCAUUCCUGAAAACUGCACUUAAAAAGAAGGGCAUGGUAUUUUCAAAUGGUCACAUCUGGAAGCAGCACAGACGUUUCGGCGUGAUUACUAUGCGGAAGCUGGGGCUGGGGAAGAAAGGCAUGGAGCACCAAAUAGAAGAGGAGGCCAUUGAGCUUGUGAAGAUCAUUGCGCAGGCAAAGGGACAGCCACUUGAUCCAUCACUGCCCAUCACAAAUGCAGUUUCCAAUUUAAUAUGUGUUUUGGCUUUUGGGUACCGAUUUUCCCUCGAAGACGAAAAGUUCCAAAAAAUGAUGGAAGGUGUUGAUUUUUGCUUAAAACAUGGAGGUUCCAUAAUUCAUUGUCUGUAUGAACUCUUCCCAUGGUUGAUGAAACAUCUCCCAGGACCUCACAAUAAGGCAUUUUCUUCCAUAGCGCUAGUACAUUCAUUUGCAAAGGAAGAGGUAGAAAGGCAUAGAAAGCAGCAAAAGGAUGAGCCUCAGGAUUUCAUUGAUUUCUAUUUACUUCAAAUUGAGAAAAGCAAGGAUGACCCCAAUUCUACAUUUGAUGAAAGCAACCUGGCAGAGUGUGUUCUUGACCUCUUUAUCGCAGGGACAGAGACGACUGCUGCUACUCUGCAAUGGGGACUGCUCCUCAUGGUGUCUUAUCCAGAUGUUCAAGAUAAAGUCUACAAGGAGAUGGAAGAUGUUUUAGGUUCCUCCCUUCCCAUUUGCUAUGAAGAUCGAAAGAAACUGCCUUACACCAACGCGGUGAUGCAUGAAAUUUUGCGUGCAAAAUAUCCCUUAUUAGUUGGGAUUCCCAGACGAAGUGCAAAGGAUAUGAAGAUGCGUGGUUUUCACAUUCCAAAGGGGACAUUUGUUAUUACAGAUCUGAAUUCUGUUCUUGUUGAUCCCACACGAUGGGAAACACCUGAAGAGUUCAACCCACACCACUUUUUGGACAAGGAUGGAAAUUUCAGGUCUAGAGAAGAAUAUCUCCCAUUUGGAGCAGGGGCUCGAGCCUGUGUGGGAGAGCAGAUGGCCAAGAUGGAGAUAUUCAUCUUCCUAACCACCCUGUUGAGGGCAUUCCGUUUCCAGCUGCCAGAAGGAGUAAAGGAACUCAAUAAAAGGCCUGUUUUGGGGCUGACAUUGCACCCCCACCCUCACAAACUCUGUGCUAUUCCUCGCUGCAGUGCAUCAGGAAGCCUGUCAAAAUAAUUACCAUGGUUUGUUUAUUUUUUGCCAUAAAUUUCUCCUUUAUUAUUAUUUUCCACUUUGAUUAACAUUCUAUCCUUGGUUUACUCAGUUCUACUAUCUUUGGACCAAUUAAAAUAUCCCUCAUUUGCAGCAGGGGCAGAAAUUGGUAAUCUUUGAUAAUAUGGCACUCUGAGCUAGGCCAAAAUUUGGCACCCCCAAACAGAUCUUCUCAAUUAUGUGUCUUCUCAAUUUUGUGCCCCCUAGGCUCAGCGCCCUGUGGAGGGGAACCUCCCACAUUAUUUUUAUUUAUAAUAAUAAACCCCCUCCUACAAGCUCAUUUAAAAGGUCAUAGAAUGUUUAAUCAGCCAAAGGCCUGGAUAUAGAGAAUUUUUUUUCACCUGGUGCCUAAAGGUGUAUAAUGAAUGUGCCAGCCAAACCUUCCUGGGGAAAACAUUCCACAAACAGGGAGCCACUGCAGAAAAGGCCUGUUCUCAUGCUGCUGCACUCUGGACUUCUCAUGGAGGAGGCACACAAAGAAGGGCCUCAGAUAAUUACUCAGGGUCCAGGCUUCCGGUUUCUGGUUGCCUUAAUGGCACAGCUCCCACAACAAUGGGAGAUUGUUGGCGAAGCGAUAAAUAAAGAUGAUAGAGGGUAAUUAUCUUUGUAAACUCCCCCCAGGGUUGGGGGCGGAAGAGCUUCACUUGCAGAUCGUCUCAGGACCUGGCUUUUGCUCCGACAUGGAUGUAGGAGGCAGGGAGACGCUGAGUGCAAAAGCACUUCACCUCUCGGUAACCCUUCAAUGCCGCCAUUAAGAGCAGCAGUUCUUCUGUUCAUUAAUGGACUAAUUAGGAUUAAUGCACAGACGCGUGCUGGUAAUGAUGGGACAAGAUUAAGGACAGCCAAAUCGAAACAGCUACAAGGUCGUACAAAUUCAAAUUGGAAAGAUGACUUCAUUCGAGCUAAAAGUUGGUAUGUGUUUGGGGGGAGCCAGUUGCUUCAUUAUAAAUCCUUUGUUACAUAAAUGACUCAGCAACACCCCCAAGAAUGCAAAAAAAUAAUAAUUGUUCUUUACAGCAAGCGAAUAAAAAAGGAGAUGGGAGUAUAGAUAUGGAUUAUAAUGACAAGCAGGACUUUGUGAGGAAAAUAUUAAAGUUUGGAAUAAUUAUAAAAAGGACUUGGAACCUCUGCGGAGUUAAUUCUUACUUUGGCCACCUCCUGAGAAGAGAAGACUCCCUGGAAAAGACCCUGAUGUUGGAAAAGAUGGAGGGCACAAGGAGAAGGGGAUGACAAAG